UCAGCUCAGCCCAACCCAUUUUAUUUUAAGUAGUAUAGGUAUAAGUUUAAUUAUCAGCUCACUCCAAAGUUAAUUCCCACCCCACAUCAAAACGAAGAAGCGGAAGAUUGGGAAGAACGAACUCACGAGCCUGGACCCUGCGAGGAAGACGCGACAAACAGGAAGAACCGCAGACCGCCAGCUGUGCCGCCGUUCUCCGUCCACUACGGCUCUCCGCUCUCUGCCUCCCGAACCCGGUUCUGCCUGGCCGCCUGGGUUCUCUCUCCAGCUCCGCUGCUCCAGCCUCCAGGUCAAAAGGCCACCACUGAAAAAAGAAAAACAAUUGCCGCUGACUAGAUGAACUCCUUGGGGAGCAGAUUGUCUUCCAUCUUCAAUCGCACGAAUGCAUCUCUGAACCCAGUGAGUUGGGAGCUCCAACAAUACCGUGGGAUCCGAGUGAAGGUGUUUAACAAUAACCUGGAGAGAGCACUGGGUGUGAUGCAGAGGAUGAUGCAGUCGAGUGGGAUCGAACGACUCAUUAAGCGCCCUGAGACUCGCCAUAUCAAGAACUGCGAGAAGCGGGUAUUGGCUAAGAAACUUCUCCAGCGCAAGCUCCAGUCUCAAGAACUUGCUCGCAAGCUCAAAUCUAUCCUUGUCAAGAGAAUCAGGGGUCUAUAAGAGGAAUAAAAAGGAUCUUAUCUACAUUGGUGAUGGCAGUCAAUCGCUAUUUUGAGUGUGGUUUCUCUAUACUUGAAAUUUUAUAAUGUAGAACAGUGGUGGAAAGCAAAGCCCGUCAUUAGGUCUUAUUAUAUCCUCGUAAAACAUGGAUGAAGAGGCUGCAUUCUAGCUUUAUACUUCGUAUUAUGACUAAAUAAAUGCAAAAGGUACUUGGAUGGAUUUGAAGACAUACAUUUACAAGUAUUUCAUGAAUUUUAAGUAUGCCCAGUCUGUCUUGAUAAUUACCAUUUAGGAGUGCUAUUGGUUAUUGAGCAUAAAUCUUUGCAGCAACAAACCUAAUACUUCCUUUGUCCCAUUUAAAGUUUCUCUUCCACUAUUCUCCGAUCAACGUGAAUUGUUAUUAAUCUUUUACUUUAU